AUGAAAGAAUUAAAUCAUAAACAUAUUAUCUAUGUGCACGAAGCUAUUGUAGAAUGCACGAAAAUAUAUAUCGUUUUGGAAUAUGUCGAUGGUGGUGAUUUGUUCAACGUACUUGAUGUUGAAGAUAGUUUUUCCGAGAAAAAAACGAAAAUUGUGAUUGCACAAUUGGCAUCAGCUUUGAAGUAUAUACAUUCCAGAAAUAUAGUACAUCGAGAUAUUAAGGCUGAAAAUAUAUUGGUGAAAAAAAAUUGUGAUCAAAAUUUUUGCAUUAAAUUAGCUGAUUUUGGUCUGGCAACUCAAGCAACUGAUCCACUUUAUGACAUGUGUGGUACUCCGGCUUAUAUGUCACCAGAAACCAUAAAAAAAGUUGGUUACGGUGUUAAAGUGGAUGUAUGGGCUACAGGGAUUUUAAUGUAUUUUAUACUCAGCGGUUACUUGCCAUUCGACAAUGAUAAUAAAGGCCCUAUGAUCGCAUAUCACGAAAUAGUACAUUUCGAACCAGAAUUCUCGGAAUCGUGCUGGCCUGGCAUAACUACAGAGGCAAGGGACAUCAUUGAGAAAAUGUUAAAGAAGAAUCCUAAUCGACGUUUAACGAGUGAGGAAAUUAUGCAACACAAUUGGAUAAGCAUACCAACUUAA